CUUGUUGGAUUUUGAUUAAAAUGGGUAAUGUGACGUCAAAUGUGGCGGCCAAGUUCGCAUUCUUCCCGCCAGAGCCAGCAACAUACGGCGUAACGAAGGAUGACGAGACAGGGAAGCUGGUCUUCGCCGGAGUGUCGGCGGACAAGAACGUGGAAGUCCACCAGCUCACCACAAAGUCAGGUAACAAAGUUGUUGCCACGUUCUGGAGACACCCUUUUGCGAGAUUCACGCUUCUCUAUUCCCAUGGUAAUGCUGCUGAUCUUGGCCAAAUGGUCGAGCUCUUCAUCGAGCUCCGUGCUCAUCUACGCGUCAACAUCAUGAGUUAUGACUAUUCAGGCUAUGGAGCUUCAACAGGAAAGCCGUCUGAAUUCAACACAUAUUAUGACAUAGAGGCAGUGUACAAUUGCUUAAGGAGCGAUUAUGGGAUCAAGCAAGAGGAGAUCAUUCUGUACGGACAGUCUGUAGGAAGCGGUCCAACGUUGCACAUGGCUUCUCGGUUGAAGAGGCUGAGAGGAGUUGUUCUUCACAGUGCCAUUCUCUCUGGAAUCAGAGUCCUGUAUCCUGUCAAAAUGACGCUCUGGUUCGAUAUAUUCAAAAACAUAGACAAGAUUCGCCAUGUCAACUCCCAAGUCCUUGUCAUACAUGGCACAAAUGAUGAGAUUGUUGAUUUUUCUCACGGGAAACGAUUGUGGGAGCUGGCCAAGGAGAAGUAUGAUCCGUUAUGGGUGAAGGGAGGAGGGCAUUGCAACCUCGAGACUUACCCUGAGUACAUCAAGCACCUCAAAAAGUUCGUAAACGCAAUGGAGAAACUCUCUCUAACCAACCCACCACCCAAACAACUAACUAAUGAGCCCAGUAUCACCGAGACUAAGCACAAUCGGUGCUUGAAAUUCGGGAAAAGGUAGUAGCAGAAUUACAAGACAUUUGGUUUGGUAGAUUCCUUCCUUGGCAUCGCAUGUGCAGAGUCAUUUCCUCAAUGUGAUCAAAACCAAGGCUUAACACAGGGUCACAGACAACGGAACAGAGAUCAUCUAGUGACUAGUGAGGUAUUUCACUGUAGAAAAAAUGUUGCCCUGCUUUUGGGUAUUUGCAAGAUGUUCAAUCUCCUGUAAAAAAUGUAGCUUCAAGUUUGGGAGUUUCUGUAACACAUCAUUACUUGUAGGAGAGGCAGCAAAGAAAAGAUGUAAUCAGCA